AUGACCCUAAAUUUUGAAUCGGAUGAGAUCGAACCUUGUCCAGAAAACAAGAGCAAUUGGACUGCUGGUGCUAGAUCCCAAUUCCUGUGUAUUGCUGGUGUUGGAGCUGGAGCUCCCAUUCGCGGCCAACAUGGACGUCUUCGUCGAGGAGGAUGCAGCCGUGCCACCUCAAUGGAUAAUGGAUUCCCUCUAGCCGGCGCCUUAACCUCCAUGUGCGUUAUUGGCCCCCGCGACUUCACCUUCGUGCCUAGCCUCGCCUCGCUCCAUGUGCCCUAA